AUGAGGUCUUGGUGGCUCAAGAUGUGGAGUAUAUUCACAGCCAUAUUCAGUAUGAUACUAGAUGUUGCCCAAUUCUGGAAAAAUAAGUUCCUCUCAUGGUGGAACUCCAAGUCUCCUCAAUCACGACUUUUUCAUACUCUGGAAACAGCACAAAGCUAUGAGCACUGGGAAGGAGCCGCAUUUGAGCUGGAUGAAAUUCUUAAUAAAGACCUCUGGCGCCAAAAUAAUAUCAGCAGACACUAUGAUCAUCGUCUAAUCCUGGGUCGAUUAGAAGCACUUAUGCUCGCGCGAGAGAACGAGAAUAUUCAAACUCUUGUUAAUCUACUCCGCUCAGGACUCGUGCGUAAUCUGGGCAAUAUCACUUCUACGAAGUUGUUCACGCACGCCUACGCGGGUACUAAACUUCUUAUCGAUGAUUAUAUUACCCAGGUUGCUUUAUCAAUUCAAUAUGUUACAUCCCUCCAGCCUGUGCCGGGUCAUGCAAAUGGCUUUACCUCUCAGGCAAAGCUGGAACUGUUGCAUGAUACACGACAAGCCUUUGGGCGUACGACUCUGCUGCUACAAGGCGGGUCGGUAUUUGGGUUGUGCCAUCUAGGCGUUGUCAAGGCAUUGCAUUUGCAGGGUCUCUUACCACGUAUUAUCACUGGCACUGCUACUGGUGCAAUGAUCGCGGCUCUUGUCGGGAUUCAUCCAGAAAGUGAACUGCUUGCCCUGCUCGAUGGGGAUACGAUUGACCUUUCGGCUUUUGAUCGGCGGAAAGGUUAUUCGAAUGGGAAAUCGGGUGAUGACAAGACUGAUAAUUGGGUCCGAAGAUUCUUUCGUCGGGCGAAGCGCUUCCUGCGCACUGGUCACUUAUUUGAUAUGGAAUUGCUGGAGGAGUGUGUGCGGGCGAACGUUGGAGAUCUGACAUUUGAAGAAGCGUAUGCCCGGUCAAAGCGGAUCUUGAAUAUCACUAUAGCCACUGCGGGUAAGACGGGUACCCCGAAUUUACUCAACUACCUGACAGCUCCGAAUGUGUUGAUCUGGUCUGCCGCCGCCGCUUCUAAUGCUUCCUCUUUCUCCGCCCGCUCUUCUCCAGUCAUCAUCUACUGCAAAGAUGAAACAGGAUCAAUCGUCCCAUGGCAACACGCCCAAGACGCAGUCUUCCAACCCUGGCGACACGUCCACUACAAUGAAGGCGAAUCCCCGCUUGCGCGAAUCGCGGAACUUUUCAACGUGAACCACUUCAUCGUCUCCCAAGCAAGACCAUACCUAAUCCCAUUCCUACGCUCUGAACUUAAUCUCCUAGACCGUCGCCAAACAGGCUGGAACAAUCUUACUCGAUCCCUGACACGAUUAAUCCUAGUUGAGCUACGCCACCGUCUCAGACAACUGGAUUACAUAGGCCUUCUGCCUGGGUAUAUCAGUCGUCUUUUAAUCGAUGAAAUCAUCCCCGGUCCGAACCUUACUUUGGUACCUGAUCUCAGUUUCUCGGAUCUGGGGAGACUUUUUCAGCAACCUACUAGGGAACAAGUUGUUGAAUGGACCUUGAAGGGAGAGCGAGGGGUUUGGCCUGCUGUUAGUGCUUUAAAGGUGAGGGAAGCUAUUGAGAUCGAGUUGGAUCGCGGGUAUCAGAUUGUUAGGAGGAGGAGACCGAGUGAUCAGGCGCUUCCGGCUCCGGUUUAUCAUUUUUAUAACGAGGAGGUCCCAAGGAAGAGGAGAGUUGGUGAGAACGAAGAUGAGAAGGGGAAUGGGGGUCAGGAUGAAUUACUUCAAACUGAUGGAGAGUAG